AUGGGUGAAGCAAGGACUCGGUCGUCAUCCUCAGACGAAGAGAGCUCGGCCUCAGUCUCGAGAUCAUCUGACUCGGGAUCAGACUCAGAAGUGACCCAAAGCUCGUCUUAUGACUCGAGUGCCACUCAGGCCCAGGACAGGGCCACGAUCUUUGUGCCCGAGUCGUUUGGUCUGCCGCAGGUGGCGCUGCUGCGGUGGACGCUCGCGUCAGCGCUUGUCUCGCCACUUGGCGUCGCCGACUCACUCGAGGACCCCUGGCCGGCGGCGCUCAUUGGUCUGCCGAUGACCGAAUCUGUCGAGGUGGCUGCAUCGCUGUUGGUUGCUCUUGGUGAACGUGUCUUUGGCGUCUCGGCCCUACCGCCAUCCCAUGUCGAUGCUGUGACGCAGAUCCUGGCGCUUGCGCCGGUGCUGGCCGACGUGCGGCGGGCGCCACCGCUUCUCGGGCAGCUAGUCCGGGCUGAUGAGCCGGAACGCGAGCUCCUUGCGCCUGGAUUUUGCUCCGCGCUGAUGGUCGAGGCCGUAGUGGCAGCGGUGGUGACGGCCGACGCUGGCGAGAUGCUGCCCACCUGCGUCCACUGCUACACCGGGGCGGCAGCCAACCCGAUGACGUAUCCGCUCACGACGACGCUCAGCGGCAACACUCUUCCGCCAAGACUCACACUGGAGCUGGUCAAUACCGAUGCGUUUCCCAAUGCACCAGACAAAGUUGUUGUGUCUGGCCCCAACGCUGUGCUGGGGCGGUCAGACAAGCGGUGCCACGCAUGGCUCAAGUCGAACACGCUGAUGGUCGCCGACAGCUCCGAGCCACUCGAUCCUGACGAGGUUAUUGUGGUAAGCGUGCAUGCGCCGCGAGUCUCGGCCGUCCACGUCGCGCUUGUUUACCACGUGCCCAUCAACGCGUACGUGCUCCAACCAGCCGAUCUGGGCGCCAACGACACUCUGCUCAACGAUGUCUCGCUGGCGGCAGCUGUUGAGGGUGGCGCGACGGCCAAGGAGCUUGCGCGCGCCUUUGCCAUCCGCCUCCACGACCACAUUGAGCUCGACCACGGCGGGCCUCUCUAUAGGGUCGUGGCGCUGCGUGGUGUCGGCGCGCCGCCCUGUGGCAGCUAUCCGCUCUCGCCGGCAGUUGCUGUCCUUGAAGCUACCAAUGCAGCCGUCCUCGAACCGCUGGUGGCAGCACUCUCGCCACGCCUGGCUGCCUUUCGUGAUCUUCGCCUUGAUCCUGAGCUCGACACGCUGCAACCCACUACCGCUGUGGCAUGGACACUGUUCGAGACGUCGGUGGCUGCCAAUGCGGUGUCUGCAGCGCACGCCGUGUUCGUCGGUUACGGUCUCGACUCGGAUGCGCCGCGUGCACUGGCGAUUGUCCUGGAGAGACUUGUAGUCGAUGAUCAUGCGCUGGUCUCGCUUGUGCUUCGCCACUGCAGCGGCAGCUGUCUCACAUCAUCAUCAGUAACGGGACCGGCGCAGCGGGGGCUGAGUACUGUCGUUUCUCUGCUGCUGGAUGCGGGAGUGUCGUCUGAAGCGGCGCUAGCACCCGAGAUGGCGUCGACGCUUGCUCCUAACAUACUCGCUCUCCUCCGCGCGCCCACUUCGCUCGAUCUGGCUGGUACCGAUCUCGAGACCGACGGCGAGGUGGCGAAUGCGAUUGAGGCGAGUGGCGGGAUGCUUGCCCGUCUCAAGAGCGUUGAUUUAUCCGGCAACAGCCUUGAAGCGCUACCGAUGGGGGUGCUGGAGCGGUGCAUGGCGUUGACGACGCUCAACCUGGCCUCGUCUGGGGUGUCGGACUUGGCGCUUGUCGGGCCUUUUGGGCCCGGCGUUCUCGCAAAUCUCACGUCGCUCAAUGUGGCGAGCAACGGGUUGUACGGGGUGCCGAUGGCGCUGCUCGAGUGUGCAACUGCACUGUGCGAGCUCGAUCUCUCGGGCAACGAGCUGCCUGGCUUCCCCGAUGCGGCGGCAGAGCUGCUUGCGCCCUCGCUCGUCUCGCUCGCGCUUGCCGACAACAACCUCAACACGCUUCCGCCUGCACUGGGCUCACUUACUCGGCUGCGGUACCUCAACGUGGCUGGACAUGCGGCAGUGUCUAGCCUCGAGUGGCUCUCCUCGCUGACCGAGCUUGAGAUCCUGAUUCUAGACGGGGCACCGCUUGCCGCGCCGGUCUCGGGUGUACUGGACCGGAGCGAGUGGAUGGAGAUGGUGAGGGCCAAGCCGUAUGCGGUCUGGCUCGACUCACAAGUUGCAAUGGCGGCGUUUGAUGCGCUUGAUGAAGAUGGAGUGGGGAGCCUCGAUGCGCCGGCAGUGCUGCGACUCAAUGCCGAGCUCGCGCAUGUGCUUGUGCCCCGCAAGUUGGACGUGACGCCGAUUGCACAGCUCAGCUCGCUCCGGCAGCUCUCGAUCAAGCACCUCGGGCUUGACGAGCUGUCGCGCGAGCUGCUCUCUGGACUUGGAUCUGGUGGGCAGCUGACGCGGCUCGAUGUGUCGUCAAACGCGCUCGUCCGGCUGCCAGAGGAGCUCGGGACGAUGAGCUCGCUGGUACACUUUGAGUGCAUGGGCAACCCGCUCGAGUUUCCGGCCCCAUGCAUCCGGGCCAAGGGCUCUGCGGCUAUCCUGCUGUACUACCAGGCGCUUGCCGGCGGCUCCGUCCCGAUUUCGCGAACCAAGCUGUGCGUGGUCGGUCUUGGCAACGCAGGCAAGACGUCGCUCAUUGCAGCGCUCACGCAAGGUCCAGACGCGUUUGACCGCGAGUCCAAGUCAACCGACGGAAUCGCCAUCCGCGAGUGGGUGGUACCGGCGGCGGAUGUAGUGGCGGCGGCGCCCGAAGCGGUGUUGGAGACGGACAGCAUCCGGUUUUCGGUGUGGGACUUUGCCGGGCAGUCGGUCUACUACAACACGCACCAGUUUUUCCUCUCACACCGUGCCAUCUACGUCCUGGUGUGGAACAUUCGGCUCGGCGCCGAGCACGGCGGCCUCGACUUUUGGCUCAACUCGAUCCGGUCACACCAUCCCGAGGCGCCAGUUGUCAUUGUGGGAACGCAUGCGGACCAGGUUCCAGUCUCAAACAUCGAGGAGGCACGACUGCGGCGGCAGUUUAGUCAGAUACGCGGCUUUGUCAACGUGUCGUCGGCCACCGGGCUCAACAUUGACGUGCUGCGAGCCAAAGUGCUGGCGAUUGCCGCCGGUGAGCCGUACAUGAACCAGAUUGUGCCGACGGCGUUCAUCAAGCUCGAGAAUCAGCUCCGCCAGCUGGCAACCGAGUGCACGACCGAGCUCAUCACCCAGUGGUCGCGAGUCCGGUGCUUUGGCGCGCUCUGCACCCUCCACACAGAGGAGGAGGUGCUGCGGGCGACCGAGUACCUGACGGACCUGGGAACGAUCAUCCACGUACAGACACCGGCACUGCGGGAUCUUGUUAUCCUCUCGCCGCAGUUUCUGGCAGAUGUGAUGGCGUGCGUUGUCUCUGCGCAGCUGCCGCAGAUGGAUGCAGCCGGGCAGGCGCCUGCCAUUGUGGACGGGAUCCUGUACGAGUCGGCCACGGCGUUGGUUUGGGCGCGGUACGACACCUCACUCCACACCAAGCUCCUGCACCUCAUCGCUCAGUUUGAGCUUGUCUACGCGCUCCCGCCGCAUCCGACGCGCGGGCCGCGGUAUCUGGUCCCGUGUCUCCUGCCCGACGACCCGGUGGCGUGGCCUGCCGAGUGGAGAGGCAUUCCGCAUGGCGCGGAGCGUGUGAGCCUGACGUACUCGUUUGACUUUCUCCCAAUCGGCCUCUUCUCGCGGAUCCAAGUGCGUGCGCGCGACGUGCCGGGUCCGGCAUCGGGCGCCAACUUUGCCGUGAUGUGGCGGACGGGUCUGCGGCUCCGGCGCGGGCCGCACGUUGCUGAGCUCACGACGAGUCAGAAGCGCGGGGUGAUUACGGUGGCGGUUGCGGGCUCGGCGCCGCACACCCUCCUCAGCCUUUUCUCGCAGAUCAUAUCUCGACUUGUCGACGAGCUGUACACCGGACUGGCGUACAGCGUCCACGUGCCGUGUCCCGAGUGCACGGAGCUUGUGGACGGAGGCAGAGGGCAGACGCUGGUGCGCGGGUUCCAUGUCGACGGCGACGAAAGCUUGCGUCGGGCGGCGUCGAGCUUUCUGGUGCGGACGAUCCGGCGGGCGGUGACGUCCGAGGUCCCGUUUUUGCAGUGCGAGUACUUUCACAUGGUGCCUGUGCGGCGGCUGGUGGCGUACAUUCCGCCACGGUCGGACGUGCAGGUGGCGGACCAGUUUGAGCGCGACGUGGCGAUGCUUGAGCAGCAGCACGUCCUCCUCACCUCUGCCAUCUACAUCUCGUACUCGUUUGCCAACUCCUCCGAGGCGGUGGCCGCCGGCAUCGUGCCGGCGGCGCGCGGUAGCUUUGAUCCGUUGGCGCUCGGUGAGCAGCUGCGGGCACUCGGGUUCACAGUCUACUUUCGUGAUCCUCGAGCGCCAAGCGGCGACGACAUGUCUCGAAUCCUGCAGUCUGUGCGGAUCUUUGUGGCCUGUGUCUCGGUCGAGUAUUUUAACGACCCGGCGGCGGUCCGCGAGUAUGAGUACGCCAUCAAGAUCCUGCACAAGUCGCGAGUGCCUGUGGUUGUGGGUGAGUCGUUUGAUUUUAUGCGGCACCGAGCGUACAUGCUCAUAUCAGGCGAGCUGUGGAUCGACUUUGUGUCGCCUGCAACGCGAGAGGCAAAGCUCGCAGAGCUCUCGUCGCGGCUGCUGAUGAUGCUGCCGGCCAACUCGCCUGCGCAGGCGUAUGUUCCAACCGAUGACAAAGGAGCAGAGGGGCAUAUUGAGGUGUACGAGCGUGGGCUUGCCGUCCCGCGACGGGUGCCUCCUCUGGCGGUCAACAGCGCGAGGCCGGUCUUUGUCUCGUACGCGUGGCGCAACUCUGCGCACGCGUUUGGCGAGGCGGCGGUGGGCAAGGUCGAUCCGCGCGGGAUUGCCAUCGAUCUUGCCAAGAACUAUGGGCUUGGCACGUGGCUCGACAUCGACUGUCUGGGGCGGAACGGGUUGUUUGAGGACAUUGCGGCGGGACUGUCGCGGGCGCGGGUUGUGGUAGCGUGUGUGUCGGACGCGUAUGCGGCGUCGGACAACUGCCGUAUGGAAUUUCUGCAUGCGGCCAAGAACCUGUGCCUUCCGAUGGUAGUGGCUGUUGUUGGGUCGGGCGACUACGCGUGGACACGGAGCGAGGUCGGACUCAUCGCAGCAGGGCUUCCGCAGAUCAAGUUUGGGUCGGCGAGUGAGUUUGAGGCGUCGAUGGAGGAGCUGGCCGGGGCGGUGUGCGAGGCGAUGGCAUCGUCGGGCGGGUGCGACGACGAGCCCAAAGCUGACGACGGUAGCAGAGCCGAAGCCGAUGCGGCGGACGCUGAGUGGGCCGACUUGCGCGAGCAUGCGCAGCGCUCGUUUAUGCGGCAGCUGAACAUGGCCGACGGCCUUGUGGCGCACAUUGACGGGCCGCGGAUCUUUGCUGUGACGCAGCUCUCGUCGUCAUCGUGCUGCGUGGUGAACGGAGCGUCGCUGGUGGCGCUGUGCGAGAACCCUCAGGGCUGGCAUAUGCCGCUGGCGCCCGAGGCAGUGAAGCUCUCUGCCGAGAACGGGUGCGACGUGGUGGCGGCCGUGCCGUACUUUGACAGUCUGGUCCGGCUGAUGCGGCUGACGUCGCCCGAGCUGGAGAUGGUCCAGUCUGUCGAGUUUGCCGAGUUUAUCGCCCGCAAGGGUAGCGUCGGGCGGCAUGAGCUCGGAGUUGACGGCGGGCGUGGAGGCGGGCCGCUCGCGGGCGGGCGAUCGCGGACACGGUCGCGGGCGGGCUCGCUCCGGCGCAACCGAGCGAGUUCGCGAGUGAGCGACGGGCAUGUGUCGUCGGAUCAGGCGGCGGGCGUAGGCGGCAGAAGCGAUGGAGAGCCACUGACCAUCCGUGAAGCGUAUCGAGUUCUAUCCGAAGUCUUCGAUGGACACGGUGGGCUCGAGCUCGUAGCGUUGACUACCGGCGAGUCGCUCUGGCUCUGCCGCGAGUGCGCGGCUCGAUUGGCAGUUGACGGGAGCCAAUCGGUGUGAGCAGAAGCGGGCCAAAAACGUUCCAGCGCUUCCUUGGAAGAAGGUAUUGGUCGUUUUUUGGCGGACGGAACACUCGCCAUCCACAAUCCCCAAAAAACGCCAUCCCUCGCC